AGGGGGGGGAGGAAGAAGAAGCACGAUCGUGUUGGCGCGUGGCGUCGCGUUCGCGGUCGCGUUGUCGAGGCCGCCGGUAACGGAGAGGCCGCGGCUACCGGAGCCUCGGAGAGAGGCAGCGGAACUUCCCCCACCCCCCGCCACGCCGAGCCCGCGGUGAACGGCACAAGAAGGAGGCGCGGGGAGGGGGGGCCGGCGCGGCCGGGGAAGCCCCCCCUGCGGAGGAGGAGCUGAGGAGGCUGGAGGCCGGGCUGGCCAAGAGACCCAACGCUGACAUCCUGGAUCACCAGCGCAAGAGGAACGUGGAGCUCAAAUGCCUCGAGCUGUCGGAGCUCAUGGAGGAACAGGGGUACGAGGAGGGUGAGAUCCAGGCCAAGGUGGCCACGUUCCGCAUGAUGCUGCUGGAGAAGGACGUGGCGGUGGGGGGCGACCCCCCAGAGCAACGCCCCACGGUGACCGAGACCCACCAGCUGGCCGAGGCCAACGAGCGCAAGAACGAGCGGCUGCGCGCGGCCUUCGGCAUCGGCGACGCCUACGUGGGCGGCAGCGCCUUCGACCCCGCGCGGCGCGCCAAGGACGCCAAGGACGCGCCUCCCGACGGGCCCCCGCCCGCCAGCUCCCGCUCGCCCUCACCCAAGCAGAAGAAGAAGAAGAAGAAGAAGGACCGGGGCAGGUCAGCGAGUCGCUCUGGGGAGAGGAAGAAGAGCUCCAAGAAGAAGAAGCACAGGUCGGAGUCUGAGGCCAAGAAGCGGAAGCACCGCUCCCCCAGCCCCAAAACCAAACACAAGGCCAAGGAGAAGAAGAGGAAGAGAUCCACCAGCGAAUCGGCGUCGCAGAAGAGCCGCCGCGACGCUCGCUCUUCCUCCCCCGCCGCCUCCUCCUCCUCCUCCGGCUCCUCCCGCAGCCGGCGCAGCCGCAGCCGCAGCAGCCCCCGGCGUCACCGGAGCCGCCGCCCGUGAGCCCCCCGC